GGAUUGGGGCACGAGAGAGCGCGAGGGAGGGGGUCACGGGUGGAUGGUAACUGCCGCUCUAACAGGAGAUAUGAUACUCAGGAGAAGUCUCAACUUGCUGCCUAUUUUAUUACUUUGCUCCUCAGCGCUACCUCAAGAUGGUGAGGUCACAAUGGAUGACGACACAACGUUUGACCUGUUUGAUAUUAGCGGUAUCACACGCAAGACUCUGGGCGCCAAGCAAUUCCGUGGCCAAGACACGGACAACCCUGCUUACCGCUUCAUCCGCUUCGACCAUUUGCCCUCAGUGAGCGCGCCCGUGCUCAAACAGAUGCUUCUGCAAAUCCAGAACAACGAGGGCUUCGUGUUCGUGGCCAGCAUGCGCCAGGACCGUGGCUCGCGGGGAACCCUCAUCGCAUUGGAAGGCGCCAACGGCCAACGGCAGUUUGAAAUCGUCUCCAACGGUCGCGCCAACACGCUGGACCUUGUCUACUGGGUGGACGGCUCUCAAAAUGUUGUCUCCUUCGAGGAUGUUGACCUGUCCGACUCGCAGUGGAAGAAUAUCACACUUCAUGUUCAUGGCGAAAACGCCAAUCUGUUUGUGGGCUGCAGUCUCAUCGACAGCUUCAUCUUGGAUGAGCCUUUCUACGAGCACCUGCAGGCGGGGAGCCGAAUGUUCGUCGCCAAGGGAUCCAUCCGCGAAAACCAUUUCAGGGGCUUACUGCAGAAUGUUCGCUUCAUGUUCGACACAUCCGUGGAUGAUGUUCUGAGGAACAAAGGCUGUGAAGUUACUAAGGCUGACGAGGCCAAUGUGGUGGUGAGUGAGAGCACAGAUAUGGAGGAUGUGAGUACCUCCACAGCCAUCACCACUAACUUCAUCGGCCAAAAGACAGAGAAGCUGGGAGCAGAUAUGUGUGAACGAUCCUGUGAGGAACUCAGCACCAUGUUCCAGGAGCUCAAAGGACUGCGGGUUGUAGUGGGGAACCUCAUAGACGGCCUGCAGAAAGUGACAGAGGAGAACACAGUAAUGAAGGAUGCUUUGGGGAAGAUGAAGAACUCCAAGGAGAAACACAUGUGUUGGCAGGACGGACGGCUGUUUGAAGAUAAAGAGGAUUGGGUGGUGGACAGCUGCACCACGUGUACCUGUCAGGACUCAAAGAUUGUGUGUCACCAAAUCACUUGUCCUCCUGUGGCCUGUGCUAGCCCCUCCUUCAUCGACGGAGAGUGUUGCCCUGUGUGUCUGUCUAAGGACAGUGAGGACGGCUGGUCCCCCUGGUCGGAGUGGACAGAGUGUACUGUCACCUGUGGGACAGGUACUCAACAGAGGGGACGCUCAUGUGAUGCCACCAGUAACACCUGCUCCGGACCAUCCAUCCAGACCAGGAAAUGCAGCCUGGGAAAAUGUGACAGCCGAGUUCGUCAGAACGGUGGGUGGAGCCUGUGGUCUCCCUGGUCAUCAUGCUCAGUGACGUGUGGCGAGGGCCAGAUCACCAGGAUACGCCACUGCAACGCACCCACACCACAACUGGGGGGCAAGGACUGUGAGGGCCAGGGGAGAGAUACACAGCGCUGUGAGGCCAAGCCCUGUCCCAUUGACGGUGGUUGGGGACCGUGGUCGCCAUGGGCGAUCUGCUCGGCAACCUGUGGGGGUGGAGUUAAGGGUCGGACCCGUGUCUGUAACAGCCCUGAACCCCAGUACGGAGGCAAGAAGUGCCCUGGGGAGACCAACGAUAGUGAUGCCUGCAACAAACAAGAAUGCCCUAUCGACGGUUGUCUGUCUAACCCAUGCUUUGGAGGAGUGGACUGUAACAGUGCCCCCGACGGAUCCUGGGAGUGUGGGCCAUGCCCUCUCGGUUUCCGUGGCAACGGAACCCACUGCGAAGACGUCAACGAGUGUGACAUGGUGUCUGACAUAUGCUUUAAAGCUGGUGGAGCAUCGCGUUGCAUCAACACAGACCCAGGGUUCCACUGUUUGUCCUGCCCACCUCGCUACAAGGGAACGCAGCCCUUCGGCAUGGGGGUGGAAGCUGCCAAGAAGAACAAACAGGUCUGCGAGCCAGAGAACCCCUGCAAAGACAAGACCCACAACUGUCACCGGUCCUCAGAGUGUAUCUACAUCAGCCACUUUAGUGAACCCAUGUACAAGUGUGAGUGCAGGAUCGGCUACGCUGGUGAUGGCUUCAUCUGUGGAGAGGACUCAGACCUGGAUGGAUGGCCUAAUCAGAACUUGGUGUGUGGGGCCAACGCCACCUAUCACUGCAAAAAGGAUAACUGCCCCAACCUGCCUAACUCUGGACAGGAAGAUUUUGACAAAGAUGGUCAGGGAGACGCGUGUGACCAGGAUGAUGACAACGAUGGAAUCGUGGAUGAAAGAGACAACUGUCCUCUAAUGUACAACCCCAGACAGUUUGACUUUGAUAAGGAUGAUGUGGGGGAUCGUUGUGACAACUGCCCCUAUGAACACAACCCUGCCCAGAUCGACACCGACCACAAUGGGGAAGGUGACGCCUGUGCUAUCGACAUUGAUGGAGAUGAAAUCCUAAACGAGCAAGACAACUGCCCUUACUUGUACAACAAUGACCAGAAGGACACUGACAUGGAUGGAGUCGGUGACCAGUGUGACAACUGUCCUCUGCUACACAACCCUGACCAGGCUGACACAGACAAUGACCUUGUAGGAGACCAGUGUGACAACAACCAGGAUAUCGAUGAAGACGGUCACCAGAAUAACCUGGACAACUGUCCUUACGUCGCCAACUCCAACCAGGCCGACCACGAUAAGGACGGCAAGGGGGACGCCUGUGACUUCGACGAUGACAAUGACGGUAUCCCUGACGAUAGGGACAACUGUAGAUUGACACCCAAUAAAGAUCAACUGGACUCUGAUGGCGACGGUAGAGGAGACGCCUGCAAAGACGACUUUGACAACGACAACAUCCCAGACUUCCUUGACGUGUGUCCUGAGAACAAUGCCGUCAGCGUCACAAACUUCCGGAAGUUUCAGAUGGUGCACCUGGACCCCAAGGGAACAGCGCAGAUCGACCCCAACUGGGUGGUUAGACAUCAGGGCAAGGAGCUGGUACAGACCGUCAACUCUGACCCUGGCAUCGCUGUUGGCUUUGAUGAGUUCAACGCGGUGGACUUCAGUGGUACGUUCUACGUGAACACGGACCGGGAUGACGACUAUGCUGGCUUUGUGUUCGGUUACCAGUCGAGCGGCCGCUUCUACGUGGUGAUGUGGAAGCAGAUCACUCAGACCUACUGGGAAGACAAACCCUCCAAGGCCUUUGGUAUCUCUGGUGUCUCUCUCAAGGUGGUCAACUCAACUACGGGCACAGGGGAGAACCUGAGAAAUGCCCUGUGGCACACAGGCAACACAAAAAAUCAGGUGCGCACUCUGUGGCACGACCCAAAGAACAUUGGCUGGAAGGAUUACACAGCCUACAGGUGGCACCUCAUCCACAGACCCAAGACUGGAUUCAUUAGGGUUGUGGUCUAUGAAGGGAAACUGAUCUUGGCAGACUCGGGACCAGUGUAUGACAAGACGUUUGCUGGAGGACGGUUAGGCCUGUUUGUCUUCUCCCAGGAACUGGUCUUCUUCUCUGAUCUCAAAUAUGAGUGUAGAGAUAAGCUGGAGUUUCCAACUGUGUUGUCCAUCAGAUAACUGAACAGCGUUGGAUGUGAAAACUUCAAAUGGCUAAAGACACUAAACCUCAUAACCUGAACAUCAGCCUUUUGCUGAUUCGUUCGUCAUUUCAACCAAUGAAAUGGAGCUUCAGCUUCGCCCCACCAAAGUAUUUUUGCCUCUAACUUUCCAUUGAAGAGGCAGCCGGGGCCUUUUCCAGUUUUUCUGAGUGCCUUUAUGUGAAAAGACAUAUCCUUGAGAAAUGAAAACCGAUGACAAAUGAAAAAGGCCUUGUGGACAAAUGAAAAAGGUCUUAGCAAUGAUAAAAACUAAGUAACUGAUGUUGACAACAUAUUAUAGGGAUUAUUUGUAGAACCACUUAUGUGCUUUACUCAGAUUUCUUCCAAACUUUUUACAGCUUUACAUUAACAAAAGUAAAUAUAAAAUUAUUGUUACUCGAUAAAUAUUGAUAUUGUUUGUGCUGGAAAAGAGAUCAACUUGAUGCUAAGUACAAUGUACAAUAAAGGCAUCUAGGUUGCUUAUCAACUAAAGGUCUCUGUAUUGACCUCAGCAGUUUCAGCCCUGCAGUGAAAAAUUGGAUCAAUUUUAAUAUUUACUGCUAAAUAUCCACCAAACUCUUAAUCAAUACCAAAGCACACUGAUGUACGUCGCUGACUUGAAGAAAGUUCUUAUUUUUUGUAUUGAUUCUUAUACCACCCAGAAUGCAGUUUUGUUAAAAGGGUCUUCAGUUGCUCAUUUAAAAUGUUUGUCAAACUCUAAAAAGGUUGACCGUGAGACCGUCUUAUAACAUUUUAAAGUACUUUGGGAUGAAGAUGUUUAUACUAAGUUUGUAUUAUAAUUUCUUCUGUAAAUUAUUAUCACGAGUUUAUGUCUUGCUGGUUUGUUUAUUUUGUUUGUUUGCUUUUUUGUUAGAGAUUGUAAAUAAUUUAUUUAUUUGUUUACACUGACGAAAUUUCACAAUUGAAGAUUGUUGGAUAUCAACAUAAAAAUUUCUCAAACAUCAAGUUAAAAAUACACUAUCACAAACGUUGUGUACUAUGCAGUGUUAUGUUAUACUGAACAAAAAUUUAAAUAAUAAAACAACAUGCAACAA